CUCUUUACAGGUGAGAAUAUACACGGAAGGGAAACACGCUGUGCCGCAUUGCCCGAUGCUGUAGGAAUGAAGUUACGCAACAUUAUCCGUAGCGCAAAGCGUUCCCGUGCUCGCGUGGAGUGCGCUUCCGGCCGUAGGCGUGGAAUAAGUCACUGCCCUGAGACUUCAUCAAGAGAACAUGGCGACAGUGGCGGGUGAUACAUGUGCCACCCUGAAUCCCUCUGUGUGCCAGGGAGUGCCGCCACUGCUCACGGAUUUGUAUCAGUUCACUAUGGCAUAUGCCUACUGGCGAGCGGGCAGGCACAAUCAACACGCCGUGUUCGAGCUCUUUUUCCGGGAUAAUCCAUUCAACGGCGGGUUCUCACUUUUUGCAGGACUGAACGACUGUUUGCAGUUUCUGCGCGACUUUCGUUUCACAGAUGAAGAUGUGGAGUACUUGCGCACUGUGCUACCCUCAAACACACACCCUGAUUUCUUCACCUACCUGAAAGGGUUAGACUCCUCCGCUGUGUCUGUCAGCGCAGUAGCUGAGGGCACCGUUGUUUUUGCCAGGGUUCCUCUUUUGGAGGUGUCUGGCCCACUGGCUGUUGUUCAGCUGCUGGAAACCAGCCUUCUCUGUCUGGUCAACUAUGCCAGUCUGGUGUGCACAAAUGCUGCACGGUUUCGUCUAGCUGCAGGCCCCAGGCGGCGACUUAUGGAGAUGGGUCUGAGGAGAGCUCAGGGGCCCAAUGGAGGUCUGACUGCUUCUCGAGCCACAUAUAUUGGAGGUUUUGACUUAACAAGUAAUGCUCUGGCUGGGCGUCUCUUUGGAAUUCCAGUGGCAGGCACCAUUGCACAUUCUUACGUCACAUCCUUCUCCUCUCUUGAGGAGGUGUGUCCAAAGACUCUGGUGCCAUUGAGAGGUGGUGACCCUGUUGAGCUUGUCCCUCUGGUAAAGGACUGGUUAGCACGUGUAUGUCAGUUACUAGGAGCUAAGCCACAGCAAGUGCGUGAGGGAGAGCUUGCUGCCUUCCUGUCCUAUGCCAUUGCUUAUCCUUUCAACUUUCUCCCUGUGAUUGACAGCUACAGUGUCAGCAGUAGUGGCUUGCCCUGUUUCUGUGCUGUUGCCCUGGCACUCUGUGAGCUGCAGUAUCAGCCUCUGGGAGUAAGGCUGGAUAGUGGAGAUCUCUGUAGGCAAUCUCUGCUAGUGUAUAAUGUUUUCAGACAAUGCAGCAAGCAAUUUUCAGUUCCUGCAUUUGAGUCGCUCAUCAUUGUUGGUACAAACGGUGUGUCUGAAAAAAGUCUUUCUGAACUCAACAAAAGGGAUAAUGAGAUCGAUGUAGUGGGAGUUGGAACUCACCUUGUUACAUGCACAAGUCAACCCUCACUUGGUUGUGUAUAUAAGUUAGUAGAGGUUGGAGGUCGGCCUAGGAUGAAGCUGAGUGAGGACCCAGAGAAAAGCACACUGCCAGGCAGAAAGGCAAUCUACAGACUGCUGGACACUGAUGGUCAUCCUCAAAUGGAUCUCGUAUGCCUAUCAGAGGAGCCUGCCCCAAAAGUGGAAGAGCCCAUAAAAUGUCACCCUUUAGGGCUGGAUAAGGCUGUCCAAUCAGUCACACCUGCCCAUGUGACAAGGCUACGAUUAGAUGUCUUCUCACAUGGAGAGAUUUUGCUUCCUUUGAGCAGUGCAUAUGAGAGUCGAGUACAUGCACAGACCUCCAUUCAGGCCUUGUACCCCCAUCACAGAAAACUGGAGGAGCCAGUGUCUUACACGGUGGCUGUGUCAGAGAGAAUUCAUUCUCUUGUAUCUGACAUCAGAAGAGGAAACAGCUAACACGGCGAUUUUCUGAGCCACCAAGCUUCAACUUCGGCAGAGACUGUUUUGUAUUGCACAUCUUUGCACAGUUGUACUCUACUACCAUCAUGGGUCUGUGCAUAUGAAUGUUUUAUGAAUAUGUUGAAUGUCCUUAUAUUUUACUAACAAUACCAUUAUGAGAAACAAUCUGACCUCUCUUUUUUGUAUUUGACUAAAUUAGACUACAUACUGAGUUCAUUAGUACUUAGUAAUGGCUGGAAGUUACACUGCAUUUGAUAUGCUUUAAAUGUCCUCUAUAAAUUCUGUCUGAUUUGUAUGACUAGAUUACAUUAAUCUGAGACAAUUGAAAUAUUAAAAACAUUUUUAAUUACACAGCCACCCACAUAGCAAUUGUUUUCUGGCACAGUUCCGGUCCACAAAACCAAUUCUCCCUUGGCCCACAUACUGCAAUGAAUGAUGGCCUAUGAAUGGCCCAGAUUCGGUUUACAAACAAGGGCCACACAUAGGCCAUAACUGGCCCAAAUGUCAGCCAAUACCAGUUUCAAUUUUCAAUACCAGAAUCCCAGUCUUAACCAUAUCAACACCAGCCUGUAUCCAGAGACCCAAAAAUUGAGCCACAGCCCAGAUUAUUGUUGCCCAAAUAAUGUGAAAAAUAAAUCACACGAAAACUGAAUGUAACUUUUUUUUUAAAAUUAUAACUUAAUUUAAUUUUUUUAAUUUUUUAUAAUAAAAAUUAUAACAUAAUUAUUUUAAUUAUAUGAGUUAUUUUAACUGCCUAAGCUGAAAUUAAACACUAAAAUGUAAAAGUUUCAGAUAAGUCUUUAAAACAGUGCAGAGGACAGUGGUGGCUUGGUGGUUAAGGCUCUGGGUUACUGAUUGGAAGGUUGGGGGUUCAAGCAUUUCACUGUACAUAAGUAUAUGUUAUAAAUAAAGACUCAUUAUCAUUAUAAUAAAGUCAGUCCCUCCAGGAUUUUGCGAUCAAAGAAAUUAAUGCAACGUCAAAGAAACUCCACAAUAUUUGGUGGAGCUUGCAAAAAAAAAGUUCCACAAUUACCGCAGAUUUUCCGCAGAUUUGGGUCAAGACGUGUCAUGUGACGUCAUCACCUUCAGCCAAAGCUGUCUUCGAUUCACGUGCAUCGCACAUGAGUACAGUUAAAAGGUCUCAUUUACCAACAAACAUCACUGCGAAAGACAGCACAAAACAAUUUCUUGAAAUUGCAAUUUCACCAAAUUCAAGUAGUUUUCCACAUAAAAAAAGCCCAGAAAAACUCAUCAAAUUGCAUGGCAAAUUUUGAAACAAAAAAUUUUAAAAAUUGCAAAAUCAAGCU